UAUAUUCUAAUAUACAGGGUGUUUCAAUAAUAAUUGAAAAUAUAUCAAAUGAAUCUUGAAAUCAAAAUAAUAUAAGAGAGCUAUGACCAGAAGAUUUUCCAAGGGCUAGGAAGAGGGUUGCCAAGGGGGUUUCAAGCGGAUUGCCCAGUUAAAUAUGACUGAAAAUGCCUUCCCAUUCUUAAUAAUUAGUAAUUUUACUACUGCUAGUGUUUUAUUUGAAAAAUUAAAAACUAUUUGUACCUGUGAUAUUUUAAAACUAGUUUAGGUACUAAAUUAUGUCAAAUAAACGGGUACAACAAGAGAAAGUUUCAAAAUUCUACACAGUUACUGGACAUUGUUGUACACUUUUGGUUAUAGCUAGUUGAAAAUGACAAAGAUACUUCGAAACGUUUAAAAGUGCUGGAGACAAAUAGUUCAAUUUUCAAACUGAGGAACCCUGUAAGAUGCUAGGUGCUGUUUAAGUUGAAUCUCAAUAAUUUGUGGAUAAGAAUCGAUAACCAAAAUAUUUCCAGUUAUUAUUGAGACACUCUGUAAAAUGCUAUAUAUUGUAUAAGUUAAAUCCCAAUAGUUUGAGGUUAAGAUUCGAUAACUGAAAUGUUUCCAAUUAUUAUUGAGACACCUAGUAAAAUACUAUAUGUUGUAUAAGUUGAAUCCCAAUAAUUUGAGGCUAAGAUUCAACAACUGAAAUGUUUCCAAUUAUUAUUUAGACACCCUGUAUAAUCAAAAGAAUUCCAAUAUUGAAUAAAGUGAUACACUAAGAUAAUUAUAUUGAAAUGGUUAAAAAAGUGAUUUUAGGAAGAUAAAAAAAAGUAUUAACAAUUAAACAGUUAAUAGAAAAAAAUGGAAUAAGGGCUCAGUGUUCAUUGAUUUAGAAAAGGCAUUGGACCGAAGUUGAUCGAAAGAUGAUCAGAAUAAAAGGUGAUAUGAAAUCUGAUUAAUUUCAAGAGUUAGGGAACAACUGAUACGUUAUGAAGCUCCAGAGUUAAGAAUAGCUCAAAAUAGAGAAUAUAAGAUGAGAAACAGGUUCAGAGUAAAGGAUAAUAUGCAGUUUGAUAUUCCACCUUGACCCUCAAUUCCAACAUUCCAAUAAAACCCAGUAACUAGAACCAAAACCUGCAAACCUGUACCAAAUCAGAAAUCGAUACUAUAGAUGGAUAUCGAACAGUUUUUGGAUUUGUUAGAAACAAAAAAAGAAGAAUAAGACGUUUGUCAAUUUGUUUUGAAUCUGGUUAAGGAAAAGCAAUAACAGAAAAAUGGGUAUAAAACAUUUGUGGAGUAUUUUAACUCCUUUUUGCGAAAGGAAACAUUUGUUUGAACUUCAUGGAAAAACUGUUGCCGUAGAUUUAUCCUGCUGGAUAUGUGAAGCCCAAAAUAUUGCAGAAUAUCAAGUACAACCCAGAAUGUAUUUAAGAAAUUUGUACUUCAGAACUUGCUACCUUCUACUGCUAGAUGUAAAUCCUGUUUUUAUUUUGGAAGGUAAAGCACCAGAAUUAAAAUAUGAAACUAUUGUUGCUAGAAAUGCCUUACAAUUUAAAGGGGCAAAACCUAAAGCAGAUGGUAUAAAAACCGGCAAAGACAGAUCUAAAUUUAAUUUUAUUUUGAAAAGAUGCGAAGAAAUGCUUCAUUUAAUGGGACUUUCAUGUAUAGUAGGAAAGGGAGAAGCUGAAAGUUUAUGUGCAUAUCUUAACGAUGAAGGGUUAGUGGAUGGUUGUAUAUCACAAGAUUCAGAUUGUUUCGCUUAUGGUGCUAAAGUAGUUUAUAGAAAUUUCUCAGUUACUUCUCAAGGGGCUAAUAAAUCAAGUGGUGGUGCUGUUGAUAUCUAUGAUAUAGCAAAAGCCAAUGAAAGUAUGAGUUUUGGUAGAAAUAAAAUCAUUGCAAUGGCCUUGUUUUGUGGAAGUGAUUAUGGUGAUGGUGUCCAUGGAAUUGGGAAAGAAACCGUAUUGAAAUUCUUCGAAGAUUUAUCAGAUGAAGAGACAUUAAACAGGAUACGUUCUUGGAAACAAACUCCUGAAGUAUAUGAGGAAUAUGAGAGGUUGAUAUCUGAUAAAAAUGUAUGUACAUCCUGCGGACAUCGUGGGAAGAUAACUGCACAUAAUAAAAGUGGUUGCGGCCCUUGUGGAAUGAUGAAAGGUUGUUCCGAUAAAGAAUACAAAAUGAAAAGAUUGAAGAUAAAAAAUGAACUGCAAUUGAGAAGUAAAGCUUUACUGGAUCCCAAUUUUCCAAACGAAGAUUUAAUUAGAGAAUUCUUAUCGAAAAAAGAGAGAAUUUCUAAACUAGAUCUUGAAUGGAAGAAACCAAAUUUAGUGGAAUUUGUACGCUUUACCACGAAAUAUUUGCAAUGGGAAGAAAUUUAUGGAUUUGAAAAGAUACUUCCUAUUUUAACUCGGUGGCAAUGUCUUAAUUAUGAAAAUCUGGAUCCAGAGAAGACUAACAGCAUUAUAUAUCCAGAUUACAUAAAAAAAAUACGAAAUCCGAAAGGUGUUCCCAGUUAUGAAAUAAUUUGGUCAGAUCCGCAAGGAUAUUUUACAAAUCUCAUUCCCAAAGAACAAAUCGAAGAUUCCAAUACGAAUGUGGAAAAACUGUGGUCGACGAUAGAACGUCAAGACUUAAUUAAUAAAGCUUAUCCAGAAUUAGUAGAAACGUUUCAAGAAAGUAGAAUUAAACCGAAGAAAUCUACUAGAAGAAGAAAAAAAGAUGCUACUAUAGAAGAGAUUGAAGGAAUGAUGAAAAAUACUUCAAUUUCAGAGCCUAAAAUCAAGAAAUCGAGGAAGAAAAAGGAAAACGAUGAAAAAAUCCAACAACAAAUAAAGAAACCUACAGUGUUGGAUAAUUUUUUAAAAAAAGCGAUAUUGAAAAAUCACAGAGAUAAAAAUAAUUUGAGAAAUGAAAUUGAUUAUCAUACUUCAACACCAUGUAAAUCAUCAACGAAUCUAAUGGACAUUUCAAGAUUCGGUGAUGAAGAAGAUGAUUCUGAUCUCUCAGAUAUAAUCGAUAAUAUUAUUUCUCGAAAACCAGCUGGUAUACAAGAAAAUUUAGUAAAACUGAAAGACAUUGUCAACUUGGAAAAUGAAAUAGGUGACAAAAAUUCCUCGAGUUUCUUCAUUACUGGACCAGUAGAAAAUGACUUGUUUGAAAAAACUUUUAAUGAAAUGUUUCACUGUGAUGAUGACAGUACUGUGGAAUAUGAAUAUGAUAAGCUUGAAUUUUCAGAUAAUGACACUGAACCUGACCAAAAGGAAGACAAAUCUGAAGAAAAUAACGAAAUAGUAAACGAAGAUAUCAAAAGUGAUGAAAAAGAUGAAUACAGUUUUUGUAAUAGUUAUGUACCGUUAAUAGAAAGGAUAAAAAAGAAAAUGUAACCGUGAAAAACUCUAAUUUGUUAAUGUACGAGGUGUUUUCAAAGUAAUCGACGUCUAAUGGAUUGAGGAAACUAUUAAAAAGAAACAAAGAUUAGUACAGAAAAAUGAUAUUUAAUGAUUUGCAUUGAAUUAUCUUCUUUAACUUCUAACAACUGAAAAUGGUAAUUUGAAGUGAUUGUUUAGAUUUUGCAGAAGAAAAAGAGAGAUGUCAACGUCAUUUUAGAGAAAUAUAGUGAUUGUUGGAUAGUUUUGACCAAUAAUAUCAAGAAUUUUUCACAAAAUGAAACAAAACAGGAUGUUAAAGAAAAAUAAACAAGAAGUUCUAUGAAAUACCACAAUGUCUUACUUGGUAUGUAGUAUAUAAUGGAAUAAUCAUGUACUAAAGCAGAAUAAAAGGAACAUAUUAAGAAAAAUUAGAGUGGAGAUGCAGUAAAAGACCUAGAAUACAAAUAGAAUUAAAAUAUACAUAAAACGGAAAAGAAAUGAAUAAAUUUCAUUUUUCUAUAUGAACUGUAGUGUAUUUGCUCUUAAUUAUCUUGUAUGAUUUCUAACGAAUGAAAAUAAGUGCUAAUUUGGAUUCUGUAAAGAAAAAGAAAGACAUUGAAGUCAUUUUAGAUAAAUAUGAUGUUUGUUGGAUAGUUUUGACCAAAAAUUAUAAGCUUUUUGAGAAGAUACCACAGUUUCUCAAUUGAUACGUAAUGUACAAUAGAAUAAGCAUGUUCUAAAGCAGAAUAAAAGGAAAAUGGCAAGAAAAAUAGAGCAAAACCCUCAUAAAAGAUGAAGUAUACAAGUGAGUUCAGAAAUGAUAUGAAACAGCAAAAGAAACAAAUCAGCUAAAUACAAUUUUCAUUUUUCCAUAUAUACUGUACUAUAUUUGCUUUGAAUUUUCUUUUCCGAUUUCUAACGAAUGAAAAUAGGUACCUACUAAUUUGGAUCUGUAAAGAAAAAGAAAGGCAGCGACAUCAUAUUAUAGAAAUAUGGUGUUUGUGGAACAGUUUUGACCACAAAUAUCAAGAAUUUGUUACAAAAAGCAACAAAGCAGAACAUGCAAGAAGAAUAACCAAGAAUUUGUAUGAUUUUUGGGGAAAUUCCACAGUUUCUUUCUUAGUAUGUAGUGUACAGUAACUAUCAUUUUGUAACCGUGGAAGAAGCAUGUAUUAUAACAGAGUAAACAAAAAAGAUCAAGAAACUAUAGAGUGAAGCUGCAGUAGAAGAUCUAGAAAUUAGUCUAAACCUGGAAUUAAUUAAGAAAGGGAGAAAUCAAUUAUCUAUAUACAAUUUUGUUCUUUUGAUUUACACCAGUCAUUGUUUAGUUUGUUUAAAACGCUACAUUUAUCUUAAAUUUUGUAUUGCAACAUUUCAUUUUUGAUAUUUGUACCCCAUCACAUAUUUUUGACGAGAAUCACCAUAUUCUCUCAAAACUUAAAUUACCACUUGGAAUUACCAGGUUUCAAUUCAUAGAAUUGUUGAAGAGCAUUGAAGUCGGUUCCUGAAAAUGUGCUUAACUUUAUAUUUUGGAAAGACAUCUUUUAAAGACGAUUUAAUAAAUUUUAAUAUUUAUGAUGUUC